AUGAGUGAAUUGGUUGAACUUCGCCGCGAGCAGACGAUUCGCGAGUACGAGUGCAUGAAGCACCUGAAGCUGUUCACCGACGAGGAGAUACAGAACAUCAAAAACAAACGACACUAUCACGAAUACAAGAUCGAACGCCGGACGAAAAAACUGGCCGACUUCAUCAACUACAUCGCGUACGAGUGCAAUAUGUUUCAACUGUUGCUGCAGCGACGCCGAAAGUUGCACAUCCGCGCAGAAUGGGUUAGUCUGGAGAAAAGCAUCCAUAAUCGUGUCCGGGUGCUUUAUAAACGAGCGAUGGCUCGGUUUGCUUACGAGUAUCGCCUGUGGGUCCACUUCCUGCAGUACUGCCAGAUGCGUCGUUUCUUCACCGAAGGUUCACGUGUUCUCGAUCAGAUGCUCGGUUACCAUGGUGACAAACCGAAAGCGUGGCUGUGCGCAGUCAACUUUGAAUAUCGGCACGCCCAAAAUAUGGCCCGCGCAAAGCACUUUACGCUCCGCGGUCUUCAACGUCAUCCAGAAUGCCGCGAACUGUGUAUACAGUUUAUCGCUAUACAAUUGACCGAAGCUGAAAAACUCAUCGCAAAAUUAACAGAAGAUGGAAAACCGACGGAAGAUAAUCGGGAACUGAGUAAAACGCUUGACACGGUCCAACUGGUGUACAAGAACUUUGAGCAUAAAGAUAUAACAUUCUUUAUAGAGUUGUUAAAAGAAUUGAAAAAGUACACCAGUUUGCUGUCGAACCAACUGUCGAAGAAAGCGGUUACGGAAAUGCGAGAAGUUCUUGCCGAUAAGGAGGAGAUGUGGAACUUGCUAGCGAAUCUAGUGCUCGAGGGUAACGCGUCAGUAACGGAAGAAGAACAUAAAUCUGUUGAUCUACUUGAGAAAUGUGUCGAGAUAUACCGGGAAGCACUAGAGCGUUUGCCAACGAAGAAAAUGCACAGUCUUUGUAUUGAUACAAUGCUUGAGCUCAAUUCCAUCGAAGAACCGGCGGUAGACCAAAGGGAAAAACGAAAAGCUCUUGCUAAUGCGUUCAAGCGGGCGCUAGCCGCCGAUCUAUUGGACGAGAACAAGUUGCUCCAGUAUCUGAAGUUGCUGCUGCACAACAACAAUCCCAAGGAGGACCUCAUCAUGACCGUCAUAAACAAGGGUUUUGAACAGUAUCCGGCAUGUGUAGAUAUUUGGACAUCGUAUAUGCGCUACCUGAUCGUCCACAAAGACGUCGAGGUGGACGAGCUGGAGGGUGUUUUCCGUAAAGCCAUCAACAGUCUGCCGGAUAAGGUCAGCCGAUUGCCACUCUGGAAGAUGGCCUUCCAGUACUACAACAAUCGACCAGAUCUACCGGGUAAGCUGGAGCAGCUGUUCCGGCGUGCCAUUGAUCAGGAGCCGGAAAUUUCCAACUACUAUCAGCCCCUAUUUCUGGAGUACAUAAUGCAGAGGAGCAUUGACACAAACAACAUGUCAAAGGUACGAUGUGAAUAUCACCGGUUGGUGAAGAAUUACACCACCACGUUGGAAUUGCACCGUAAGAUGACAAGCUUGGAAGCGAUGCAGACACCACCGGACCCCUCUGAGUGGCGCAAAUGCCACGAGAAUGCAGCUCUGUUGUACGGCAAGAAAGAACCAACCGUUUGGCUGGAGUACAUUCAGUUCGAGCGUGACCAUGGCAAACCGCAACUCAUGGAAUCCCUGUACGAACGGGCCAAGGCCGUUCUGGAUGAGGAUUCGUUCGGGACUUUCCUAACGGAGUAUGAACUUGUUCGCAAUCCGUACCUUGUUUGUUACUGA